AGAAAAUUGCUUUAAAUAAACGAUAACGAUAGAUAACUAAACAAGUUUAAUACAUACGCGAACAAGUGUCUUAUUAACAAAUAGUUUGAUAAACGAAUUAAUAAGGAAACCCAAUAAUUAAGCGGCAGCAACCACAUAUAACAUCAGAUCCAAACAACAUCAACAAUUUAGUACCUACAGGCCUGACAACGUUAGAUCAUUAUAUACAUACAUAUAGAUAUAUAGCAAUAUACAAAACAAAUAUAUAUACAUAUAUAUCGAUUGGCAAGCCCCCUCACACCGCCCCUCGCCCCGUCUCACAAACACCCACACACACUGUGAUAGUUCUUGAUUCACACUGAAUGCGAAAAGCGCUGAAAAUUCAUUCACGAAAGCAUCUGCGGACUAGCUAAAACACAAGCCACAAAACAAAAGUAAAGACCAAGUGCAAUAAGACGAUUGGCUAAUACAAUUGGAACCGAAGGGCAGCUACAUAAAGUAUAUAUAUAUAUAUCUAUAUAUUAAGUACUGUAUACAACGUUUUACACAUUUACAAGCAAGAAAGAAAACUAAGAUCUAAGCGAAAACCGAAUUCAUUCAACUGCAAAGAGCAGCCAAAUUGCGCAUACGCCGCGUAUGGCCGUCGGUGUGAGUGCCCGUGUUCAUCAGCGGUUGCAUCAACGGAUACCAAGUGUACAUAACUACAGUUACAACUACAGCUGCAACUAUUUCACCAAUCAACAGCAAAAGCAACAACAUCAGCAGCAGCACCGGCAAACGUUUGAAACGUCACCAAAGCUUCGCAUUUCCCACUAAUAAUUAUGUAUACGCAACGUAUGUUUGACAUGUGGAGCAGCGUCACUUCGAAACUGGAAGCACACGCAAACAACCUCGGUCAAAGCAACGUCCAAUCGCCGGCGGGACAAAACAACUCCAGCGGUUCCAUUAAAGCUCAAAUUGAGAUAAUUCCAUGCAAAGUCUGCGGCGACAAGUCAUCCGGCGUGCAUUACGGAGUGAUCACCUGCGAGGGCUGCAAGGGAUUCUUUCGAAGAUCGCAGAGCUCCGUGGUCAACUACCAGUGUCCGCGCAACAAGCAAUGUGUGGUGGACCGUGUUAACCGCAACCGAUGUCAAUACUGUAGACUGCAAAAGUGCCUAAAACUGGGAAUGAGCCGUGAUGCUGUAAAGUUCGGCAGGAUGUCCAAGAAGCAGCGCGAGAAGGUCGAGGACGAGGUGCGCUUCCAUCGCGCCCAGAUGCGGGCACAAAGCGACGCGGCACCGGAUAGCUCCGUAUACGACACACAGACGCCCUCGAGCAGCGACCAGCUGCAUCACAACAAUUACAACAGCUACAGCGGCGGCUACUCCAACAACGAGGUGGGCUACGGCAGUCCCUACGGAUACUCGGCCUCCGUGACGCCCCAGCAGACCAUGCAGUACGACAUCUCGGCGGACUACGUGGACAGCACCACCUACGAGCCGCGCAGUACAAUAAUCGAUCCCGAAUUUAUUAGUCACGCGGAUGGCGAUAUCAACGAUGUGCUGAUCAAGACGCUGGCGGAGGCGCAUGCCAACACAAAUACCAAACUGGAAGCUGUGCACGACAUGUUCCGAAAGCAGCCGGAUGUGUCGCGCAUUCUCUACUACAAGAAUCUGGGCCAAGAGGAACUCUGGCUGGACUGCGCCGAGAAGCUUACACAAAUGAUACAGAACAUAAUCGAAUUUGCUAAGCUCAUACCGGGAUUCAUGCGCCUGAGUCAGGACGAUCAGAUAUUAUUGCUGAAGACGGGCUCCUUUGAGCUGGCGAUUGUUCGCAUGUCCAGACUGCUUGAUCUCUCACAGAACGCGGUUCUCUACGGCGACGUGAUGCUGCCCCAGGAGGCGUUCUACACAUCCGACUCGGAGGAGAUGCGUCUGGUGUCGCGCAUCUUCCAAACGGCCAAGUCGAUAGCCGAACUCAAACUGACUGAAACCGAACUGGCGCUGUAUCAGAGCUUAGUGCUGCUCUGGCCAGAACGCAAUGGAGUGCGUGGUAAUACGGAAAUACAGAGGCUUUUCAAUCUGAGCAUGAAUGCGAUCCGGCAGGAGCUGGAAACGAAUCAUGCGCCGCUCAAGGGCGAUGUCACCGUGCUGGACACACUGCUGAACAAUAUACCCAAUUUCCGCGAUAUUUCCAUCUUGCACAUGGAAUCGCUGAGCAAGUUCAAGCUGCAGCACCCGAAUGUCGUUUUUCCGGCGCUGUACAAGGAGCUGUUCUCGAUAGAUUCGCAGCAGGACCUGACAUAACAAGAGCAGCAGCCGUUCCUGGAGACGACCGCGGACGACGUUGCCGAGGAUGCGGCUGCCACCGGAUGUGUCCUGCCGCCGGUGGCGCCCCCUGCCGGGCAGCAGCCAGCGCUGCUCGAGGACUGAGGGCCGCAGGAUGUGGCAACAAUAAUUAUUUGAGUAAACACUGCACUGCGCAUGCAGCAGAUACAAGAACUUUAUCAUGAUUUAAGCUAGCAUACAACCAAGGAUGUGAUCCUCGCCAAGGACUCACUUAAAAAGAACUCUAUCUAUAUACAUAUAUAUAUUAUAUAUGACAGAGCGGAUGACGCAAAGGGAAGGGAAAAUAUUUCAAAAAUAUUGUUAACUCAGUUAAGACUUUUGCUUCGUAGAGAACCGAAACCGAAACCGAUUGCAUUUCGAGCAAGGGGCAUCAAACUGAUUUUCGAGGUUAUACUAUACAUAUACACAAACACACACACACAUAUAUAUAUGUAACUUCCAAACUUUCAUAUCCUGGCCCGAGCAGAUCAGAUCGACUAAGUACUUAAAACCAAGCGAAAUUCUCUACACCGCACAGCCCAGGACCCGUUGACCCCAAUAAUUCAGUUCGGUUAGUGUUAACCCCAGAAAGCCCGAUUCCGAUCCCGCCUAGGUUGUCUUUGCCUUACGUUGUAACUAAAGUAUGUGUAU